AUGUUCUCCACGAUUCCCAACCUCGAAGGAGCGAAAGCGGCUCUUCUGGAAUUAAUUGGUCGGAGCUUCUCGGUUGUUUCCAUUUCCAUAGGGAGUCCACCGAGAGAAGAGAGGAAUAUUACCAAAUCUCUGAAGAAACAUCUCGCGCUUGGCGGGCUCAGUGGAAACACACAGAAAACUGCAUUCGAAAUAGAAUCAGAAGCUUAUAAUUCUUCGUCAUCUAGAGCUACCUACGAUGAUUUAUGCAAUCCUACUGAGCCAAAUGCUGAAGCCUCUUCAUCAGAAACCUUUUCUGCACCCAAAAGCCCCGGCAUAACCAUAGGGCCCUACAACAAUUGUCACCAUAUCUCUAGCGGCGCUGUUUCUCAAGUUUAUAGGUGUGAUACUGAGGAGGGCUCUUAUGCACUGAAAGUGAUAACAGAAACACAUAACAUGGAACCACACUCCCCCACUCGUGAAAUUGCUAUCCUGAAAAGGCUCUCGCAUCCUUCCAUAAUUUCACUCCAUACGACACUUUAUGAUCAAGAAUCGAGAUUGGUCUUGCUGUUGCCAUAUAUGCCAUAUACUUUAUCAGAUCUACUAUCAAGAAGUAGCAAAGGCCUCAACGUAGGCACAACUAAAAAGAUCUUUAAAGAAUUAUUAUCCGGACUUGCAUAUCUCCACGCAGAGCAAAUAAUUCACCGUGAUAUAUCACCAUCCAAUAUUCUCUUACCUCAUGAUAUCAAUGGCAAGGAUCCCAUUGUCAUAACUGAUUUUGGCACCGCAUGGCAUCCAAGCAUCUCUUCAUCUACCGAGCCCACUGACCAAAAAUGUCUCGAGGUUGGUACUACGUGCUAUCGCGGUCCAGAGACUCUCUUCUCUAAUACAUCUUACACUACUUCUCUUGAUCUGUGGUCCACUGGUGUACUACUCGCCGAAUGCCUUCGCUCGCCUCCCAUCCCACUCCUGGAGAGUCGACGCGGCGAUGAAGAUGGGAAUCAAUUGGGACUGAUUUUAAGUAUGUUCAAGACUCUUGGAACGCCCACCGAGCAGACAUGGCCGGAGGCAAUGAAGUGGAAAACCAACCCAUUUCAAUGGUGGAACAUUUUCCCGAGCAAAUCAUGGGAAGAGUUACUUCCAGAUGCUGAGGAUGAUGGAAGGGAUUUAGUCGCGAGUCUUGUUAUCUAUGAAAGUGGCAAGAGGUUGACUGCAGUUCAGGCAUUAAAACAUUCGUUCUUCCUUGAGAAAUUGGAAUCAAGAGAUUAG